AUGGCUGUCGUCCUGGUUGCGGCAUUGUCGAUGCUGGUCCGUUGUGCCAACGGAUUGGCAUCGACCGAUACCAUCACAUGGGGCGGCGACAACUCGAGAACGGGCUACCAGACGAACCACAACAUGGACCCCGAUGUUGUUGGCUCGGACGACUUCACCCAGCUCUUCAAGACGGCACUGCCUGGUAACUAUGGUGGCUACACCGAGCAGAUCUUCUCUCAGCCAUUGGUCUACACCCCGUCUGACGAGACCACCCAAUACGUCUAUUUUGCCACCACGCAGAACAACGUCUACAAGCUGAAUGCGGUUACCGGAAAAAUCGUCGCCUCGACGAACCUGGCUAUUCCUUUCCUGACUGCGGAUCUGGAUGGCUGUGUCGACAUCAACCCGACUAUUGGUGUCACUUCCACCGGCGUCAUCGACCCGGACACAGAUACCUUGUACCUGACUUCCAAGACGUAUGCCAACCAAUCGGCCAUCAACGUUGCCCAGGGUCGGCCCGCCGGCCGCUACCAUAUUCACGCCCUCGAUGUCCAUGAUCUCUCUGAACGCGCCAAUUUCCCGAUCGACCUGGAGGGCCUCGCUGCUAACAACAACCCGGUCCGCACUUUCAAUGGCGGCAUCCAGCACCAGCGACCUGCCCUGCUGCACUCUGGCCAGUACAUCUACGCCGGUUUUGCCUCCCACUGUGUCCAGUAUAACUUCACCGGCUGGCUCAUGGGCUGGGACAAGACAACCGGCGCUAUUGUCGAAAAUUGGGCCACGGAGGGCGCCGGUGUACCAAACACAACCCCCGGUGGUGGUAUCUGGAUGUCUGGCGGUGGCCUGGCCUCGGAUGAUAGCGGCUCCAUGUUCUUCGGCACCGGAAACGGCUACGCAUCGCAGCUGAGCACCAUCCCUGUCCAGGGCCGCAAUCCGCCCACAUCUCUCGAGGAGGCGGCUGUGCACAUGACGAUGAAUGACGACGGCUCCCUGUCUAUUAUCGAUUUCUUCAUGCCCCAGGAGAAGCAAGCCCUCGAUGGCGCGGACAAGGAUCUAGGCACGUCUCCACUAGAGCUGCUACCGAGCGAGUUCUCCUGCGGCGACAUCACUCACAUGGGUGUCAUCACCGGCAAGAGCGGGAAAACAUAUUUCCUCAACCUGGACGACCUUGGCGGCUACCGCACUGGCACCGACGACGGCGACAAUGUCAUCCAGGUCUACCAGAAUGAAAACUCAGUCUACGCUGGUGCCGGUGUUUAUCCUCUAGAGGGCGGCUACAUCUACAUCAACGUCAUCAAGUAUCCGACCCACGUGUUCAAAUUCUCGUGUGACAACGGCGUCCCUUCGUUCGUCAAGGUUGCCGACAGCCCCGAGAACAAUGCGUACACGCUGGGUGUCAGCCACGGCACCGUGACAUCUCUGGAUGGCCAGGAGGGCACCGGCCUUCUGUGGACUUGCGACGUCCAGGGCAACAACCUGCGCAUCUACAACGCCGUGCCUGACGGGGACCUUCUGACCGAAAUCAAGUCCUUCUCCGUUCCCGGAACGACGAAGUUCACCCGUGCUGUCUUUGGUGAUGGCCGUGUUUACAUGGGCACCACUCAGGGCUAUGUCUAUGGUUUCGGCGGUCCGGUCAACGAGGCGCUGAACUGCACAACGCCCUCGUUCGGCUCGCUGGAUAUCGCCAGUGCCGCGAAGACGGCCACGGUUACCUGCACGGCGGUCACCGGUACCAGCAUCACAAAAUUUGCUUUGAAUAGUACUGACUUCUCGAUUUCGAACCUGCCAACCGUGCCGAAGACGCUGGCUGUUGGUGAUACAUUUACGUUCACGGCCUCGUUCCAGCCGACGGAAGUAGGCUUCCUCUCUGACAGUGUCCUGAUCACUACCGACAACUCUGCGACUGGCUACACGAGUAAGACAUCUGUUCGCCUGACUGGGACUGCAACCAGCAGCGGGCCGCUGCUGGGUCUGUCUCCCAAGACGCUUACGUUCACAAACGUCGUCGUCGGAGCCAAUCCCGGCGGUGUCACCGAGCCGGUGGUCCUGAGCAACAAUGGCAACUCUACCCUGACCAUUACCGGCGUGCAGUACUCUCAAACCAGCGCAACGGGUCCGUUUGAGCAGCCCUCGGGCAACGGCUCCGAUAUUGGCCCUUAUAGUAUUUCGGGCAUUCCAUCCACCAUUGCAGCCAACGGCGGAACCACGAUUGACAUCAACUUUGAUCCUACCACUGGCGGGAACUCCAGCCUCUUCAUCGUCUUCGGCUCCGAUGGUGGUAGCCAGACGCUCUCUGUCAACGGAAAUGCCGGCUCCGGUCCCGUCUGGCUGAUGGAGUUCCAGACCCCUGAUGGUUCGGGCUGGGUUACUUACGAGAAGAACCAGAACUUUACCUUUGGCAACGUGACGGAGAACAAUUCUCGGACGCUCAAGUUCCGGGUUACCAACAGUGGCAGUGCGGACGCGGUACCGCUGUCCAUCACAGUGUCCAAGCCGCCUUUUGGCGUGUCAGGUAUCAUCGGCGCCGUGAACGACGCGGAUUUGGUUGAGGGCACGAUUCUGAAGGCAGGCGAGAGCCAGACAGCCAGCCUCUACUGCUCUGUGCCCAAGGAGCAGUGGAACAGCGACGCAUACUGGGGUGCAGCCAACUGGACGAUGAAUACCAACGAUCCCGACACGACCAAGCAGUACAUCCAGUUCUCCUGUCUCGCCGUCUCGGAACAGGCGCCGCCUCUACAGGCCGACGGGGACAGCGCCUACCGCUACCUGGGCUGCUACAAGGACAACAACCCGGACCGCCAGCUGACGACGCAGCUCUACGGCAACGACAGCAACACGAUCGCGAUGUGCAUCGCCGCCUGCGCCGCGAGCGGCUACACGUACUGCGGGACGGAGUACCAACGCGAGUGCUGGGCCGGUAACACUAUUCCCAGCCUCAAGGUCGACGAGGAUGAUUGCAACUACGCUUGCUCUGGCAACAAUAACCAGAUUUGUGGCGGAAAUGGCGUUGGUACCGACGCUGGCGGUUCCUUCAUGUCCUUGUUCGCCCUGGAUGGUGCGUCUACCAUUCCUACUGGCUCCGGCUCCAGCUCUGGUCCAGUUGUGAACUCCGGAAUUGACGGUUAUGUUAGCAUUGGCUGCUACACAGAACCGUCCACGGCCCGCGCCUUGGCCAACCAGCUUUCAACCACAAAUGAGACGGUGGAUGAUUGCUUGAACCUUGCUGCGGCGUCCAACUACGUAUAUGCCGGUCUCGAGUACGGUGGCGAGUGCUGGGUUGGCAACAGCCUCAAUUCCGGCGCGAACAGCACGAUUCUAGCGAGCUGCAGCAUGACCUGCAAUGGCAACUCUUCAGAAUACUGUGGUGGUCCGUCUCUUCUGAACAUCUACAGGCGCAACAGCACUACCUUGCCGACUAGCACAUCUUCGGCGUCACCGUCUUUUGCCACCGGUCCGGUCACGAACCCUGGUGAAGAUGGCUACACGUUUCUUGGCUGCUACCAGGAGCCUUCGAACUCGCGUGCCCUCUCUAAUCAGCUGACGGUCACAAACCAGACGGUGGGGGUGUGUCUGGCACUGGCAGCCGCAAAGGGAUACACGUAUGCAGGUCUGGAGUACGGUGGAGAGUGCUGGUGUGACAACACGCUCAGUCCCAACGCCACGUUGGAAUCGACGUCGGCAUGCACUAUGACCUGCAACGGCAACUCUACCGAGUACUGUGGCGGCUCGUCGUUGCUCGAUGUCUACAAGACGAAUUCGACGACUGCUGCUACAACAUUGGGGACGCCAACCCAGGUGGCCGUGGCUACGACUCCAGCUUCAACUGGCCCCAUCAUCAAUCCCGGUCUGAAAGGAUACGCGUUCCUGGGCUGCUACCACGAGCCGUCAGGCUCGCGUGCCUUCUCGAACCAGUUGACGGUGACAAAUGAGACCGUAGCUAACUGUCUGGACCUGGCUUACUCAGCUGGAUACAUCUACGCCGGUCUGGAGUAUGGCGGCGAGUGCUGGUGCGGCAACUCGAUCAGCGUGAACGCAACACUGGAGGCAUCCUCGGCUUGCGCAAUGACAUGCAAUGGCAACUCUAGCGAAUAUUGUGGCGGCUCGUCGCUUCUUGAAGUCUACAAAACCAACAAGAUGGCCACGCUGACAACGGCGACAACGGCGACAACGGCGACUACAAGCAAGGCAACGGCUGCCGCAAUAACAGGCCCAGUCAUCAACCCUGGCCUCGACGGCUACAGUUUCCUCGGCUGUUACAAGGAGCCCUCCACCAGCCGGGCUUUCUCCCAACAGCUGACAGUCACCAAUGAGACGGUCGCCAAUUGCCUGCAGCUGGCUGCCGCUGCCGGUUACACUUAUGCUGGCUUGGAGUAUGGUGGUGAGUGCUGGUGUGGCAACACAAUCAGCCCCAACGCGACUCUGCAGGCUUCGUCGGCUUGCACCAUGACGUGCAAUGGCAACACGACGGAGUACUGCGGUGGCAGUAGCUUGUUGGACGUGUACGAGCUAAGCACAGCAACAACGAGUCCAUUAACAGCGGCAACCCCGACCAGUGCCGCUUCCGGAAAGGUAGCAGGGCCGCUGGCUAUUGUCGCUUCCGCAACGACGCCCAGCACGGCGGCGACCAUUGGUAGCAACAGCACGGCGGCGACCAUCGGCAGCAACAGCACGACUGCAGCUGCGGCGACUCUGCCGUCGGCAACCAGUCCUUCCACAAGUGUCUCCUCGACGGCUACGACGUCGGACACAACCGCUGCCUCCAACAGCACGAUCGCAACCACGUCUUCCUUGACUGCCUUGAGCGCUUCCACCUCGGGAAAGAAAAGUGCUAAUACCACCGUUGCUACCGCGACGACCUUGUCGUCUGUCAGUGCUACGACGCUGAUCACGACAACAUCUGCCAAUAGCACACUUUCUCGCACGGCGCCGAAUAUCGUUAGCUCUUCGAGUUCGAGCUCGACAUCCAGUUCGAGUUCAAUUUUGAGUUCAAGCUCGACAUCCAGCUUGAUUUCUAGCUCGACUUUGAACUCGACUUCAAGCUCAACCUCUAGCUUGAGUUCAAGUCCAGGUUCUAGCUCAACUCCCAGCUCGACUUUCAGUUCGACUUUCAGCUCGACGUCUUCUGGCAGAACAAGCUCUAGCUCCCCCAGUUCUUCCGGUUCCCCUAGUACCCCCAGCUCCCCUAGUGCCUUCAACUCCUCCAGCUCCUCCACUUCUGUGAGCUCUUCAAGCGCUUCAACAAGUUCAACGCCGACAUCUUCCUCGGCAAAUGUCUCUCCGACGGUGGAGCUGCCAGAAGCCAAGACGCUGGUGGGCAACUACUCGUAUGUCGGCUGCUACUCGGAGCCGAAGAUCGGCUACGCCUUGUCGUCCAAUAAGACCAAAAGCAUCAACAUGACGCAAGAAAACUGCGCCGACUUCUGCGGCGGCUACUCGUACAUCCUCUUCGGCGUCGAGAACGCAGACGGCUGCUACUGCGGCAACAGCCUGAGCAACAGCAGCAUCCAGGUCAACGAGACCAAGUGCUCCAGCAUCUGUUCUGGCGACGAUCGUGAGCUGUGUGGCGGGAGCGCCGUGCUCAACGUCUGGUCGCUCAACGUGACGUCGAGCUUGACGCUUGCAUCUGCUUCAACGUCCCCGACGGCAGCGUGA